GAGCUGGAUUAUACUAUAUUUAUUUGUAGAGAGAGAAAGGGAGGGCGAGAAAGAAACAGUUGUGUUGGAGAGAGAAAGAGCGUGUUUGGAUUACUAGCCGUCCCGUUUGUAUUCCUCGUCACCUCUUCAAAGAUAGAGAGAUAAAGCGACGAAAUAAAGCGAAACUUUGAAGAAGAAAAAGGGGGAUUCGUCGCUCUUGGGGAAAGGUCUCAAUUGAUCGGAGCUAGGGCUUUGUCCAGAAUGAAGAUUCAAAAUGCCCAUUUUUGAGGAUUCCAGCUCCGGUCUUAUCGCGAAGCUUCGGAAUUUAGGGUUUCUCGGCAUAAAUGGACGUCGAUUCCGCUAUGGCGGGCGAGCCUGAUCACGAUCCGUCGGCGGACUCCGCCACUGCUAAUACGGUUGCGCUGCUGUCCAACCAAUCUCAAUCCUCGUCGCCGCAGCUGCAGCAGGAACAAAGCAAUAUCAACAAUAAUAGUAAUAGCGGAGGAGGGGCGGUUGUGGGGGGACCACGCUGCGCUCCGACGUAUACUGCGGUGAACGCGAUUAUUGACAAGAAGGAGGAUGGUCCGGGUCCGCGAUGUGGUCACACGCUGACGGCGGUGCCGGCGGUUGGGGAGGAGGGGAGUCCUGGGUAUAUUGGGCCGAGGUUGAUUCUCUUUGGAGGGGCGACGGCGCUCGAAGGCAAUUCAGCUGCUUCGGGAACUCCUUCUUCUGCGGGAAGCGCAGGAAUCCGGUUGGCUGGGGCUACUGCAGAUGUGCAUUGCUAUGAUGUAUUGGCAAAUAAGUGGUCUUGUGUUACCCCAAUUGGGGAACCACCCACACCUAGGGCAGCUCAUGUUGCGACUGCUGUAGGUACCAUGGUUGUUAUUCAGGGUGGGAUUGGUCCGGCGGGUUUAUCGGCUGAAGAUCUUCAUGUUCUGGACCUUACACAGCAACGGCCAAGAUGGCAUAGGGUUGUGGUGCAUGGUCCUGGCCCAGGGCCACGGUAUGGGCAUGUAAUGGCUUUGGUGGGACAGCGAUAUUUAAUGGCAAUUGGUGGAAAUGAUGGGAAACGACCUUUAGCUGAUGUAUGGGCAUUAGACACUGCUGCAAAGCCAUAUGAAUGGAGGAAACUAGAACCUGAGGGUGAAGGCCCACCUCCAUGCAUGUAUGCAACUGCAAGUGCACGCUCUGAUGGUCUUCUUCUGCUUUGUGGUGGAAGGGAUGCGAAUAGUGUUCCACUAGCUAGUGCAUAUGGGCUUGCCAAACACAGAGAUGGUAGGUGGGAAUGGGCCAUCGCACCUGGUGUCUCACCAUCACCAAGAUAUCAGCAUGCAGCGGUUUUUGUUAACGCACGUCUUCAUGUGUCUGGAGGGGCACUUGGUGGUGGACGCAUGGUAGAGGACUCAUCAAGUGUUGCCGUAUUGGAUACAGCAGCUGGAGUAUGGUGUGAUACAAAGUCUGUUGUCACGACUCCGAGAACAGGUCGGUACAGUGCCGAUGCUGCUGGAGGAGAUGCAGCAGUUGAAUUAACAAGGCGCUGUAGGCAUGCUGCCGCUGCUGUGGGUGACUUGAUAUUCAUUUAUGGUGGUCUACGUGGUGGGGUGCUUCUUGAUGAUUUGCUUGUUGCUGAAGAUCUGGCUGCUGCUGAAACGACUAGUGCAGCUUCUCAUGCGGCAGCUGCGGCUGCGGCAUCCAAUUUGCAGCAAGGGAGGCCACAAGGCAGAUACGGAUUUAAUGAUGAUAGACCAAGGGUACCUCUAACUGAUUCUGCCGCUGAUGGUUCAGUUGUUGUUGGAAGUCCUGUUGCCCCUCCUGUAAAUGGUGAUAUCUAUACAGAUAUAAGCACAGAGAAUGCAAUGCUACAGGGUUCUCGACAACUAAGUAAAGGUGUCGACUACUUGGUUGAAGCUGCUGCAGCUGAAGCUGAGGCGAUAAGUGCCACAUUAAGAGCUGCUAAAGCUCGACAAGUGAAUGGAGAGGUUGAGCUGCCAGACAGAGAUCGUGGGGCAGAGGCAACGCCAAGUGGAAAACAAUCUACGUUGAUCAAACCUGACUCUGCAAUGUCAAAUAAUUCUAUCCCAGCUGGAGUUCGACUUCAUCAUCGUGCUGUGGUUGUUGCUGCAGAGACUGGUGGUGCCUUAGGUGGUAUGGUUAGACAGCUGUCAAUUGAUCAGUUUGAAAAUGAAGGCAGACGGGUCAGCUAUGGAACUCCAGAAAGUGCAACAGCAGCUAGGAAACUUUUAGAUCGGCAAAUGUCAAUUAAUAGUGUACCUAAGAAGGUUAUUGCUCAUCUUUUGAAACCUCGUGGGUGGAAGCCUCCAGUUCGAAGACAAUUUUUCUUGGACUGUAAUGAGAUUGCUGAUCUUUGUGAUAGCGCUGAGAGAAUAUUUGCUAGUGAACCAAGUGUGCUACAGCUGAAGGCUCCUAUUAAAAUAUUUGGUGACUUGCACGGUCAAUUUGGAGAUCUUAUGAGACUUUUUGAUGAAUAUGGAUCUCCUUCUACCGCAGGAGACAUAGCAUAUAUUGAUUAUCUCUUCCUGGGAGACUAUGUUGACCGUGGCCAGCAUAGCUUGGAAACCAUUACUCUUCUCCUUGCUUUGAAGGUCGAGUAUCCACUUCAAGUACAUUUAAUCCGCGGCAAUCAUGAGGCUGCUGAUAUCAAUGCGCUUUUUGGCUUUCGGAUUGAGUGCAUUGAGCGUAUGGGUGAGAGAGAUGGAAUAUGGGCAUGGCAUCGGAUAAACAGAUUGUUCAACUGGCUUCCUCUGGCUGCUUUAAUUGAAAAAAAGAUUAUCUGUAUGCAUGGUGGUAUUGGGAGAUCCAUAAACCAUGUUGAACAGAUUGAGAAUAUUCAACGGCCAAUUCCUAUGGAAGCAGGAUCAAUUGUUCUUAUGGACUUAUUGUGGUCCGAUCCCACUGAAAAUGACAGUGUAGAAGGGCUGCGGCCAAAUGCUAGAGGUCCUGGGUUAGUAACCUUCGGGCCUGAUCGCGUCAUGGAGUUCUGUAACAACAAUGAUCUUCAGUUGAUAGUCCGAGCACAUGAAUGUGUAAUGGACGGCUUUGAAAGAUUUGCUCAGGGACACUUAAUUACUCUUUUUUCUGCAACAAACUACUGUGGUACUGCAAAUAAUGCUGGUGCUAUCUUGGUUUUGGGUAGAGAUUUAGUAGUUGUGCCCAAACUCAUCCAUCCAUUGCCUCCCGCAAUUUCAUCUCCUGAAACAUCUCCAGAGCGUCAUGUAGAAGACACGUGGAUGCAGGUGCUACAUUUAUCUCCAACCAUGCAAUCUCUUUCGUAUUAUCUAAUUAUGUGGUCAGACUGGUCAUGUUUCUUUCCUUAUGUCAUUCAUUUCGUUUUUUUCUCCUUCAAUCUUUGGAUUCAAUCCAGGAGCUCAAUGCUAAUCGGCCACCUACGCCUACUAGAGGUCGACCUCAAGUCACUAAUGAUCGAGGUUCUCUUGCUUGGAUUUAGAUUAUGAUCCCAGAUAAUUUUCUAGUACAACUGCCGGGCUUAUGCUAACACCCGGGCUUUCCAGCCAUUUGUACAUAGCAUGAUACCACCUGGAGAAUUACGCGAAGAGGUAUGUAUAUAUACCUCUUGGUGGCCUCAAGGCCUUGAGAUCCCGAUUAGUUUCAUACGGUUGAGGAACCCUCUAAGGAAGAGGUGACAAGUACAAAUGAGAAGUGUGUAUACUUGUGUGUUUCUGAGAUGUCUUCUGUACAUGAGAAAUCAGGUAGUCAGUAUUGUCAUUUCUUUGUUGGGUGGGCAGGCUACGACGGCAUUCAUCGUUAGUUCUUAUAUUUCUCCCUUCCUUUGUUUCUUAGUUUAGGUGUAUCAUUUUGAUCUUCUUCUAUUUUAAGAGGGGGGUAAGGUUCGUAUACGUGGUUGGUGAGAUAUUUCUUGGUCAUUCAUGUAUAAUAGAGAGGGUGUUGCCUUGUGUAAUUUGUGUCUACUUUCGUUACAGUUGUGUGAUGAUAAUAGGUGGUUUCUUUUUUUUUAUAAUUGGUGUUUUGAAUAACGACGUAUCUUUUUACAAUCAUGGCUUUUUUUCCCAAUUGUAGUUCAAUUUAUUGGGUUUUCGUGUAUUGAAAUAGGAGAUGAAGUAUUCUUUGUAAUUGCGAUAUUCAACUGCUCUUUUAUAUUUUUAGCAACGCUAUUUGCCAUUUUUACCA